GGCGCUAACAUCUUCGCGGAUUGGCAGCGGGAACUGAUCAAAAUGGCGACCGGAUCGCCAGUGUUUGAUCCAUGGUAUGCCUCAUUACUAGGAUUAGCGGAGACAUUUAGGACUUCAAACCCUCCAAAUAUCAGACUAUGUAUCCACUGCCUUCAGUCCAUGUUCAACUUCAAACCGCCACCAAAAAUCGAAGCCAGAACACACCUGCAACUCGGUAACAUUUUGUUAGCCCAUACAAAAAACACCGACUUGGCCAGGACGCAUUUAGAACAAGCAUGGACGUUGUCUGUUUCUAUGCCAGCUUGUGAUGAUGUCAAAUUUGAAGCUGCUUGUGUGUUAGCACAGAUGUUCCAGGAUCAGAAUCAACUACAGCAUGCAAGACAGAUCCUGAUGAAGGCAGUAGAAAUCUCCCAACAGGCGCCCUAUUGGCACUGCCGGCUCCUAUUUCAGCUUGCACAAAUCCAUUCAAUAGAGAAGGAUUUUGUCACAGCCUGUCAGUUACUGACAGCAGGAGCAGAGUUCUCGGACACCGCUCACUCGGAGUACACCAAGCUCCUAUUUGUUCUCAGCAAAGGCAUGUUGUACCUGAUAGACAAGAAGACGGCAGAUGUACACAGCACCCUAAGUACUGCUGGUCAGAUGAUCGAAACGUACAACGGUCAACCUGUACAGAAGGAGUCGUUGAAGGUGUUUUUCCUUGUCCUGCAAGUGUGUCAUUAUCUCAUGGCAGGCCAGGUGAAGAGUGUGAAACCAGCCCUAAAAAAUCUUCAGCAAAUCAUACAGACCAUUACACAAUUACACACAGACGAAGAACCCACGUCCAGUAACCCUGUAGAUAUGUUUCACUGGCUCCCUAUUGAACACAUGUGUGUUCUGGUAUACUUGGUGACAGUGAUGCACUCCAUGCAGGCAGGGUACAUGGACAAGGCACAGAAAUAUACAGACAAAGCUCUUAUGCAAAUAGAAAAAUUAAAAAUGUUGGAUGCCCAUCCCCUGUUGUCACAGUUCCAGCUCAUGUUACUGGAACACAUCAUAAUGUGUCGACUCAUAAUGGGCAACAAAACCAUGGCUAUUCAGGAGAUUUUCCAAGCGUGCCAUGUGUGUCAGCAGCAGCCUCGACUAUUUAGCACACACUCAGCACAGAUCCAUACAUUGUUGGGCUUAUAUGCCAUGUCCAUGAACUGUAUGGAAGCUGCAGAGGCACAAUUCAAAACCGCCAUUAAGUUUUCCAAGGCAAUGGAGUUGGAAUCUUUUGUUCACCUCAAUUUAGCAAUAGUUUACCUGAGAACAAACCGGCAGGGGGAACUUGUCAGCAUUCUUGAAAAACUUGAACCGGAGAAAUUGUCAACUCACUCCCAUAGUCUGAAGGCAUCCUCCUUUUAUGUGCGUGGUCUCCAGGCAUUCUUCCAGGCUCGGUAUAGUGAGGCCAAGCGCUACCUCAGAGAAACUCUUAAAAUGGCUAAUGCAGAGGACCUGAACCGGUUGACGUCGUGCUCUCUGGUUCUGCUCGGACAUAUAUUUUUGUCACUAGGCAACAAUACUGAAGCCCUGAAUAUGGUCACACCAGCCAUGCAGCUCGCAGGAAAAAUACCAGAUGUUCACGUUCAGCUCUGGGCCUCCUCCCUCCUCAAAGAUUUGUACAGACUCUGUGGUGAUAAAGUAAAUGAAGCUGAAGGUUUCAAAAUGCACACCAGCUUUUCACAGUCCCUGUUGAAGGACCACUUUCAGUCAUCACAGCUCUCAGAACACGGCUUAAUACAGUGGACUGAAGGGCCUUGUCCUUUCCAUCUAAACACGACAGUGGGGUCCAGUAACAUGCUGUGAAAAUCAAAGUCAUGAAAAACAUUUUGAUGUCCACCAAGAACAAUAAAACUGCCAGUGUUUAUCAACCAGGACUCGUGACGCAGCUUCAUAAAGUUAAAUCAGGUCGAUCAAGUUAUGAUGCAGUUGGAUAAGAUUCGGCCUGGACUGAUGGCAUAGCAGUGUAAUGUAAAACCACACUGACACUUCAGUGAAAACUAGGACUGGUGAGGAUUUAGUCCAGCCAGAAAUGAUUGUACUGCCUUGAUAGUAUGAUACAUGGAUUGGUCGGUUGAGCCGUCAUAAUCACAAAGAUGGUUGAAAUGCCUAAUUAAACACGGGAUUAUGUGUCCAUGACAGAUUGUAUCGCGAGCAUUCAGCCAUAACAGUAGAAUGGAUUCUAUACAGUUUCUGUUUGAAUACUGUAGUACGAGUUUGUGUACUUCAGGAAAUUUGUGCCUAAUCUAAUGCAGUGUUCACAUAUACUUAAGUAUAUAUCUUAAAACUGGGGUUUAUGAUAUCAGAUCUCACAAAAACUGUAUAGAUUUUGUGGUUGGUAGGUUCUGAGGGAAGAAAAAAUACAGUAUGUCACUUAUUUUCUGUGAUAUUUCCUUGGACGUAAAUUUGAGUUUUAGUAUCAAAUUCAAUUUUCAUGUGAAGAAUAAUUUAUACUUAAUACAAACAAUAAAAUACAUUCAACAAAGUUAUUCUUGUGACCAAAAGCAGAAUCUUAAUGUUGCAAAAAUUGUGUGUAUGAAAUGUAAUUUACAGUAUAUGGAGAUUUAUUUGUAAUAUGGUUGAAAAUAUCAGAGAGUAUUCACGAUACAUUAUACUUGUGUGUAAAGUGAAGCAUAUAGACUCUUAAUUUAGAAAAUUAAUUUGUGAAUGUACAAAAAAUGUUUGUACCUUUGAGCUUUAAAGCUGAAAGAGUGUUAAGUAGAGAAACUAGAAAGAGUUCUGAUAGGAGGCCAUAUCGAACAAAUGAAUCAGACAAAUUCCGAGUUUAUGUGUGUAUUCUCGGGAUCCAUGUAUGUAUACUAAGUAUGUACAUAAUGAUGUACUCCGCAGUACAUGUGGAUGUGAUAUAAUUUAAUACCUGUAUAUUAUUUCAUGUUUCACUACACACAAUCUAUAAACCAUAAUAUAGAUAUAAUGCUGUACCUAUAGGGCCUGUUGGUUCAUUCCUGAUCAUAUCCAGAUGUUUGAUAAUACUAAAGGCUUUUUCUCAACAAAAAAUCCUGAUAUUUCAACACAUGAUGUGUUUCACUAUACUUAUACAAAAUGCAAGGGGAGUUUUCAACAUUUCUUAUUGGUGCUUUGAAAAUUUAUGCUGAUCUUAUCAUCUGUUUGAUGUUUCGGUUUGCCAAGGCCAUUCUUUAGUCUGUAAAUGACAAAGGAAAUGUCUAACUGUCAAUGCAUUGUUCUUUUUUCUGUAAAUGACAAAAGGGGACUUCUAACUCUAUACAUUGUUCCAUUAUCUUCAUACUGAUAGUGUUAGGUGCUGAAACGGAAAACAAAUAGUGGAAUCUGUGUGUUCUUAUUAUGCAUAUAAAUAAAUAUAAAUAAAUUUACAAAAUUCUGUUUCUAAAACCCAGAGUUUAUCGACUACUUAGUAACUUGUCAUUGUUACUUAGUAUAUCUACCUCCUCCUCUACACCAGUGUACCGGUCUACUGGACGUGCUGUGGUCGGUCUACUGGAUGUACUGUGGUCAGUCUACUGGAUGUACUGUGGUCAGUCUACUGGACGUACUGUGGUCAGUCUACUGGACGUACUGUGGUCAGUCUACUGGACGUACUGUGGUCAGUCUACUGGACGUACUAUGGUAGGUCUACUGGACGUACUGUGGUAGGUCUACUGGAUGUACUGUGGUCAGUACUGGAUGUACUGUGGUAGGUCUACUGGACGUACUGUGGUCGGUCUACUGGACGUACUGUGGUCAGUCUACUGGACGUACUGUGGUCGGUCUACUGGAUGUACUGUGGUCAGUCUACUGGACGUACUGUGGUCAGUCUACUGGAUGUACUGUGGUCAGUCUGCUGGACGUUCUGUGGACGUACUGUGGACGUACUGUGGUCAGUCUACUGGACGUACUGUGGUCAGUCUACUGGACGUAAUGUGGUCAGUCUACUGGAUGUACUGUGGUCAGUCUACUGGACGUACUGUGGUCGGUCUACUGGACGUACUGUGGUCAGUCUACUGGACGUACUGUGGUAGGUCUACUGGACGUACUGUGGUAGGUCUACUGGACGUACUGUGGUCAGUCUACUGGACGUACUCUGGCAGUCUAAUCCAUCCUCAAUUUCUGCUGUAUGAUUGUAUGUCAUUUGUAUCUGUACGCAUGUUCAUAACUGUGUAUUCCUAAUGGAGAAAAUCUGCAUCCCCAUGAUGUUUGACUUACAUUGGUUUCUCUGUACUUAUCACAAUAAAAUAACCAUGGAUGGUUAUUUUGAUUCCCAUAAUACUUUUGGUUCCCACCAUAUUAGGUUGAACAAUUUCCAACCUUCCCUUAAGACAUGUCUGAAUAUUGAGGCACAGAUAAUUGGUGAUUGAUUUAGCCAGACUCUGUAUAAUUAAGUGUAAAAAUGUUUUCAGUUGGCAUUUAUAGUUGGAAUGAAUGUUAACUGAACCAUUACAAAUUCAGUAGAGCAUGCUUUGUGUUACAUUUGUCAUUUCCAUUUGGCAUUCAUAUUGACUAUGAAUGCUGACUGAAAGUUUAAAUUAAUACUUAAAUUAUUUUAAUUUCAUGCAAAACUAAUUGAUCAUAUUAACAUUUGGUUCAAUAAGUGUUUGAUGUAAUAUACUUUUUAUGCCUUCCAGAGAUUGUCAGUGGGAGCCAUUGUUAGAAUUAGGGAUAUCAUAAAGAUGUAGUCUAUAUUUGAGUCAUUGCAUUCAUAGCUGAUAUGAAUACUAUUUUGACAUAGUAGGGAUGUAGCAAUCCCAUUGGAGAUUAGUACCAGUAUUACCUGUAACAGGCACGUUUUGUGGUUUCGACAGCUCAUAAUCUGAACAAGGACAAUCUUAAAAGAUCACUUUCCAAUGCUGUAUAGACGAUUUAGAUUAUGAUUUAGAGUCAGUUACACUGAAGUAAGGAUUUCUUUUUACAAAUCCUUGAAGUGGGUUAACGUUUUGGGGGAGCCUAUGUUUUAAACUGUUUAUAUGUGUAAAGAUUUGAUUUUGGACAGUGUUACAGUUUGUGAAAUCAUGAAUUACAUGUAUUGUGCCAUUUUGUACGUACUGCAUUGGAAUCUAUAGGAAUAGAGAUAUUUUUGCAGUCUUUUUCAUUGUAAAUGUCAUCUGAUCAUGUUAAUGUGUUGAUUAAUGUGAAAGGCAGCAGACAAGGUGUAAUAUGAACUUGUAUAUUAUAAGUGUACAUGGCUUGUUGUUAAUCUCUUAUAGAAACACAAUAUAUACGACACUUUGUGACACCAAAAAUCACACAACUAACACUUCAGACAGAGGGGAAGAAUUGAGAUGCAAAUGGAUCAAGGAGUGGGAAUGUGAUCGAGGUCGGGAGAGACGAGCGUAUGAUUAGUCGGAACAAAUAUCCAGCUGCCUACAAGUUUACAUACCACUGGCAGGAUAAUCUUCCUAGCUCCCUGUCUGUCAAAAAGUGGGAAAGCAAAGUGUUAAAAAUGUGUGUCUCGUUUCUUCAGUUUGAAAGUUUAUGAAACUUUUACCAUUAAUACAGAUUCUCUUUUUAUGGUCCAUAAUGUAUCAUGUUUUAAAUUUUUACACUUUUUCAUCUUAUUACAAAGUUUGUCACUGCAGUUUUUGUUAUCACCAAUAUCAUAAUGAGCAGAUUGGUGUAAAAAUAUUUCUAAAGCGCUGAUUGUGCAAUAAGUGCAAUGUGUCGCUAGAUAAGUGUUGGAUUUGAAAAUACAUGUAUUAUGAUGUGUAUUCUCAGAAGAUAUCCGAUCAUUUGUUGGUGAAUACAUUUGGAGUAUUGAAGUAGGUGUAAGGUGACUACAUUUGGAGUAUUGAAGUAGGUGUAAGGUGAAUACAUUUGGAGUAUUGAAGUAGGUGUAAGGUGAAUACAUUUGGAGUAUUGAAGUAGGUGUAAGGUGAAUACAUUUGGAGUAUUGAAGUAGGUGUAAGGUGAAUACAUUUGGGGUAUUGAAGUAGGUGUAAGGUGAAUACAUUUGGAGUAUUGAAGUAGGUGUAAGGUGAAUACAUUUGGGGUAUUGAAGUAGGUGUAAGGUGAAUACAUUUGGAGUAUUGAAGUAGGUGUAAGGUGAAUACAUUUGGAGUAUUGAAGUAGGUGUAAGGUGAAUACAUUUGGGGUAUUGAAGUAGGUGUAAGGUGAAUACAUUUGGAGUAUUGAAGUAGGUGUAAGGUGAAUACAUUUGGGGUAUUGAAGUAGGUGUAAGGUGAAUACAUUUGGAGUAUUGAAGUAGGUGUAAGGUGAAUACAUUUGGAGUAUUGAAGUAGGUGUAAGGUGAAUACAUUUGGGGUAUUGAAGUAGGUGUAAGGUGAAUACAUUUGGAGUAUUGAAGUAGGUGUAAGGUGAAUACAUUUGGGGUAUUGAAGUAGGUGUAAGGUGAAUACAUUUGGAGUAUUGAAGUAGGUGUAAGGUGAAUACAUUUGGAGUAUUGAAGUAGGUGUAAGGUGAAUACAUUUGGAGUAUUGAAGUAGGUGUAAGGUGAAUACAUUUGGGGUAUUGAAGUAGGUGUAAGGUGAAUACAUUUGGAGUAUUGAAGUAGGUGUAAGGUGAAUACAUUUGGAGUAUUGAAGUAGGUGUAAGGUGAAUACAUUUGGGGUAUUGAAGUAGGUGUAAGGUGAAUACAUUUGGAGUAUUGAAGUAGGUGUAAGGUGACUGGAUACAGAGAUACAGCUGCUGGCCUUCCGGCUGUAUACAUGUUAAUAUCUAAUUAAUGGUUUACACACAAGUACAUAUUUAGUCAUGUAUCACUGUUAUGACAUUGCUAUUUUAAUAAUUGUUAUGGCGAGAGAGAAAUUAUGAAAAAAAAAUCUGCUAGUGAUUAAUGUUAUAUAACUACUGCAGUACAUUUAGGUAAUGCUAGGAGGCUGCGGUGGCCGAGUGGUUAAGGUGUCCCAGCACUUUAAUCACUAGCCCUCCACCUCUGGGUUGCGUGUUCGAAACCUACGUGGAGCAGUUGCCAGGUACUGACCGUAGGCCGGUGGUUUUUCUCCGGGUACUCUGGCUUUACUUCACCUCCAGAACCUGGGAACGUCCUUAAAUAAUCAUGGCUGUUAAUAGGACAUUAAACGAAAUAAACCUAAACCUAAAAAAACACUUAGGCUAACUCGAAGUUACUUUGUUACUGGCGACUUUGCCUUGGUAUUUAAUUGUUUUUAGUGGCUUUGUUUUCGUAGACUUUCCAAAUCAGUGUUAAAGGUAAUAAAUGUUUUGUAGAUCUGGUGUUCUGUGCAUCUCAGCCGACCAUUAUCAGAUGGUGGGCGUGGGUUCUUCAAAUCGGACUUGUUCAUGGCUCCUCAAUUCAACUGGUCCAUUUCAUACAAACUUCUCGUUACUGCUAGUACUCAUAAAUCACUCAUGGGAACUUCUCAAAACUUAACCAACAUGUGUACCACGUUUUAAAUAUGAUAGAUGUUUGAUAUGACUGUCAUCAACUUGAUCUUGAAACAUAAAGGGCAUGAUCAGUGUCUUAGCUGUGACAAAUGUCCGAUCGAGUAGAUAUUAAAAAUGACUGUCAGUGGCCAUUUUGAAUUUGAUAUGAAGUUUGUGAGUGCUGCUUCUCUAGAACUACUGAAGAGAUCAUGUUGCUAUUUAAUCAUAUUUAAGAUGAUAAUCCUCAAUUUUAAAGGACAAUAUGAAUUUAUAAGCAUGUUACUUUAUAAUUCAUAACUGAUAAUCAAUUGCAAGAUUAAACCAGAAAAUAGCUCAAGUUUAAACAGAUUGUAUGGUAGUGAUUGUCCAAAUCCCUGUGGAAUCUCAUUAUGAAAAAAGAACAUUUGUAUUGAUCUAUGAAUCAGUUAGGGGAUAUCUCUGAGGGGCUGACGAGAGAUAUGUUCUGCAACAUGGGAACAUACUGAGGAUUUUUUUUUUACCCCUAUUUACUUUUAAUUCCUUGUGUACAAUUAUCAGACCUUGUUUGCUGUUCCGAGACCAUUAUCAACAGUGUACAGAGAUAUUUACCCCCACCUGUCUACAAAACAAAUGAGCAUAGCAAAGAGUAACCCUUGGUUAGCGAAGAUGUCACUGAGGUAGCCCGAGUUUCCUCUGGCCCCGACACCAUUUCUGGUGUAGGGGUCCUACACCAGAAAUGAUGUCAAGGCCAGAGGAAACUUGGGCUAUACCAGAAAUGGUGUCAAGGCCAGAGGAAACUCGGCUAUACCAGAAAUGGUGUCAAGGCCAGAGGAAACUCGGGCUAUACCAGAAAUGGUGUCAGGGCCAGAGGAAACUCGGGCUAUACCAGAAAUGGUGUCAGGGCCAGAGGAAACUCGGGCUAUACCAGAAAUGGUGUCAGGGCCAGGGGAAACUCGGGCUACACUAGACAUGGUAUCAGGGCCAGAGGAAACUCGGACUAUCACUGAGGCAUUGUCAUACAAUAUAUGGUACUGCUUUAUUAGGUCAUGUUUCAAACCAGUAAGUUCACAGGAGUUUCAAAACUUUUAGUUUAAAAUGUCUGGAGUUAAAAUGUGUUGUUUACUUUUUUUUAUCAUUACAAACACAUGCAGGUCGUUUUGAUCUGUUUUAUAAAUGUUUCGUUUUAUUUAUUGUUUGUGUAAAUAAGGUCCAACUGUGUAUACUUUUGUUGUCUUCUGUCACAUCAUCAAUGUUACAUAAACUAUUGCAUGAAUUGUCA